AUGAAUAUCCCCAUACUCCAGCAGCACACCCCCAGCCCAGUCUUACCGAUUGACGCGACCUUCAAUUCGGUUAUGGGACAUGUCGGGAAUUGGUGUUUCCUCCCAUUCUCUCAGCUCGACUUCAAGCUAUCAAAUUCAAAAUUUCCAGACAUAGGCUUGGUUUCUUUCACAGUUGUGAUGAGAGAUGGUGGAAUUUCCGAUUCCGUGCCGCGAGGCAUUUUUCUCAAUAUCGGCAACACUGUUCUCCGUGGUAGAAGAUUGGUACUUCGUGAGCUGCGCCGCGACUCCAAGAGCCCCGAACGGGUGUUUACGAUGCAGGAAGCUUUCAGUGCUAUCGUACACGAUAUGCCUUCCACCAGAGUGCGCUUGGUUUCCGCAGAGCUGGCAUUCACGUCUGAUGCUGAUGCCCAUUAA